CCCCCCCCCUUCGGAAACUCUCCCUCGGGUCUCGGCCAGUCGUUCUCACAAUACAACAUUCUAGAACUCUCUAAGUCUCUCCGUCUCUCUCUAUUCUCACUCUUUCUUAUCUUUGAUAAAACUUCUCGUUCUAGGGCAUUUUAUCCCUCUUCUUCUACUCCUCAGCCAAACAUAUUUAAAAUUUUAAUCGGUUCCUUCGAGUUUCAUCUGGGUUCCCUCCAAUUUCUGUAAUCGCUGUCACAUUCGAGCUCAUUUCUGCCUUGUGCCUAUCAGGACACAAUUCAGUCCAUGGCUGCGGUUCAGCUAAAUGGUUCGUCUAUUUCAACCAAUGCCUUGCCUUCGUUCCGAGGGCUUCGCCCAUCGUCAAGGGUUCGUCUCUCUCAGGUUGGGCUUUCAGGCGUCGGGCUUAGCCAGAGGUCCAUCCAGAACCUUGUCGUGAGAGCUGCCACCGUCGUCGCACCCAAGUACACUUCCAUCAAACCCUUGGGAGAUAGAGUUCUGGUAAAGAUCAAAACUGUAGAGGAGAAAACUGUAGGUGGUAUUCUACUCCCUUCAACUGCACAAACAAAACCUCAAGGAGGUGAAGUUGUAGCCAUUGGAGAGGGAAGGACUGUUGGAGAGAAUAAAGUUGACAUCAAUGUCAAGACUGGUACCCAGAUAGUCUACUCAAAAUAUGCAGGGACAGAGUUGGAGUUCAAUGGAUCCAAUCAUCUGCUGUUGAAGGAGGAUGACAUUGUGGGCAUUCUUGAGACAGAUGAUAUCAAGGAUCUCAAGCCUCUGAAUGACCGUGUUCUAAUCAAGGUUGCUGAAGCUGAAGAGAAGACUUCUGGAGGCUUGCUGCUGACAGAGGCAACAAAGGAGAAACCUUCCAUUGGCACGGUAAUUGCAGUAGGACCUGGUCCUCUGGAUGAGCAAGGCAACCGAAAGCCACUGACUGUUUCACCAGGAAACACAAUAUUGUACUCCAAAUAUGCUGGGAAUGAUUUCAAGGGUGGCGAUGGUUCUGAUUAUAUUGCUCUAAGGGCCACAGAUGUCAUGGCUGUGCUCUCGUAGUCUGUAUAUUUUUAUGUUGCAGUACACAAUUUUCCCGCAGGGUGGAGUUCUAACUUCCGAGGCAUGUGGCUUUCCAAUUGUAAUCAUAAACAUGCUUUAUUAAACAAUAUCUUUGUCGGGCUUGUUCUUUGAUUCUAAUUUCUAAAUGCAGCUUCUUUUUUCUUCUUGCA